AUGGCAGAGUUGAUGGUUAGAGCGCGGAAGCACAUGAACGCUGAGGAUGCUAUGAAUGCACGAAAAAACAAAGAUGGUGAAGAUAAGAGAUUGGAUAAAAAGAGGUCAGCACCUAACACUAGGGAGGAAAAUAAAUCGAAGUACAAGAAAUUCUCAAACAGCCAAGCUGACAGAUCGUCUCGUCAUCCAUUAAAAGCUGAUCCAAUAAAGAGGUCUCGAGAUAAAUAUUAUAUGUUCUACUGGGACCAUGGACUUAACCCAAAAGAUUGUUUGGACCUCAAGAACCAAAUCGAGAACCUUGUUCGUAAGGGUCAUUUACGCAAAUUCACGACUUGGAAUGGAAGAAGAGGCUCUAACCUAUCCCAAGAGGGCCGAGAUGAUCACUUUCCUCAACACCAACCAAUAGGUGAGAUUAGAGUUAUAUCAGGUGGCUUCGCUGGUGGUGGUGAGACGAGUUCAGCUUGGAAGGCUUAUGCCAGGAGAAUUCGAAGUUUUUCAGAGGUGAAUGAAGUUGGAGUGACAAUUCCUCCAACAAAAUUACCGCGAGUUGAGGAGCUGGACAUAACCUUUUCUGAAGAAGAUGACAAGCGAAUUCACCAGCCCCAUGAUGAUCCUUUGGUAUUUUCCAUGGUCGUCGCUAAUUUCACUGUUCAACUAAUAUUGGUUGACAAUGGCAGCUCAGCUGACAUACUAUUUCUUGGGGUGUUCGACAAAUUGAAAAUUGGCCGAAAGAAGCUACGACCCAUGAAGUCACCAUUGGUGGGAUUUUUAAGCGACAAAGUAUAUCCACUCGGGGCAGUUACCCUUCCAAUCACUGCAGGAGCCCAUCCAAAGCAGGUCACUGUGAUAGUGGACUUUCUAGUGGAGGACUGCCCAUCACUAUACAACAUUAUCCUGGGGAGGACAACCCUAAAUACCAUGAAGGCGAUCUACUUUCCUUGUUAA